GUGUGAAUGAAAAUUGAGCUUCACACAGACUAAAACUUCCUCCUGUGUCCAACAUCUAGGCUAUUGGAAGGGAAGGAUUUUCAAACAGAAAUCUCAGACCAAACAUCAUGUCAACAUCUGAUAGAGUCGUUUGUUUCAUUGGGACCACAAUAUCAUCGGCCUUUGGCUCUUCUGUGUGCUUCAUAAGAUUUUAAACAUCAGUGUGACUGGAAAAGCACUGAGACACACACACACCCGAGUGAGAGUAUUUCCAGUGCACUGACAGUGGAAAGAGCUUUGACCAUUUACAGAUACUGUAAAAUCAUUGCACCAUCCACAGUGGUGAGAGACUGUACACGUGAUCUGUGUUCGAGGCUUCAACUAAUUGUCCCACCUGCAGAGACCCAAGGACUUCAGCACCAUGGAGAAACUGUGGAAAUGUGGGGACUGUGGGAAGGGAUUCAGAUCCCCAUCUAAGCUGGAAACCCAUCGACGCAGUCACACCGGGGAGAGGCCAUUCACCUGCUCUGAGUGUGGGAAGGGAUUCACCCAGUCAUCCCACCUGCAGACACACCAGCAAGUUCACACCGGGGAGAGGCCUUUCACCUGCCCUGAGUGUGGGAAGGGAUUUAGUGAUUCAUCUGGCCUCAAGAAGCACCAGCGAGUUCACAGCGGGGAGAGGCCAUUCACCUGCUCUGAGUGUGGGAAGGGCUUCACUCAGUUAUCCCAUCUGCUGACACAUCAGCGACUUCACACUGGGGAGAGACCAUUCACUUGCACCAAGUGUGGGAAGGGAUUCAGUGAUUCAUCCAACUUAUUGACACACCAGCGAUUUCACACUGGGGAGAGACCGUUCACCUGCUCCGUGUGUGGGCAGCGAUUCACUCAGUCAUCCAGCCUGCUGAGACACCAUACCACUCACACCAAUGAGAGACCCUUCAAGUGUUCUGAUUGUGGGUGUGGCUUCAAAAGUGCUGCGGUUCUGAUGGUCCACCAGCGCAUUCACACUGAGGAGAGACCAUUCAGCUGCUCUCACUGUGCGAAGAGCUUUAGAACGUCAUUCAGUGUUCAGACACACCAGCGAGUUCACACUGGGGAGAGACCAUUCACUUGCUCUGUGUGUGGGAAGGGCUUCAGUAGUUCAUCCAACCUCCUGACACACCAGCGAGUUCACAGUGGGGAGAAGUCAUUCAACUGCACUGAGUGUGGGAAGGGAUUUAGUAAUUCAUUCAACUUAUCAACACACCAGCGCCUUCACACUGAGGAGAGACCGUUCACCUGCUCUGGGUGUGGGAAGGGAUUCACUCAGUCAUCCCACCUGCUGAGACACCAGCGAGUUCACAAGUGAUGACAGGGGU